UCCACGCUGUCACUUCGCAUACUACAAAAGUUAAAAACUUUUUCGUGUCGCGUUUUUGUUGCGUAUUUUAUACCAAUUUUAAUCGCAAAUAAUACUUUUGCUAUCAGUUAAAGAUUUUAGGCAGGACGGUUUUUAUUUUUCCUUGCAACUAGUAAAAAGCGAACGCGAAUUUAUAAAAAAACGUAAAACUCUUGGAGGAUUCUCACUACCAACGCAUAAGAUCCCAUAAAUUCUAUUUUGCAUACCUUCCCUCGUUCCAAACAAGCAUCUGUUGCAUUACAACUGUCCAAAAUGAGCGAAAUUGACAAAUCUUCCCAUGAAGCAGCCGCAAGAAAGCAGUCUUCAACUGAGGAUAACGAACAUGAUGCAUGCGUACUUUGUUGCAAAGAAGUGGAUAUCUAUUCUAUUGGCGAAUGUGAUCAUCCUAUCUGUUUUGAGUGCUCCACCCGCUUGCGCGUACUUUGCGAGCAGAAUGAGUGCCCCAUUUGUCGGCAAGUGCUGUCCAAAGUAAUUUUUACGCACGAUAAGCUGCCCUACCGGGAACUUGAAGCUAAGAAUCGUUCCGGCUACUACAGCAAAAAGUAUAAAAUCGGUUUCUAUUCAGCGAAGAUCCAACAGGCCUUCUUCAAUUUACUAGACCAUCCGUGCCCUAAAUGUAAUGUGCCACCCUUUCGAAGAUUUAGUGAUCUUGAAUAUCAUGUGCGUAAAGAACACGAUUUGCAUUACUGCGAUCUUUGUAUUGAACAUUUGAAGAUAUUCACCUUUGAACGUCGCUGCUACACACAAGCGGAACUUGGCUUACACCGCACCAAGGGAGAUCGUGAUAAUCGCUCCCAUCGGGGGCAUCCGCUAUGUGAAUUUUGUAAGAAACGUUACUUAGACCGCGAUGAGCUAUUUCGACAUAAACGUCGUGAUCAUUACUUUUGCCACUUUUGUGAUGAUGAGUCCAAUGAUUUCUAUAGGGACUAUGAUGCUUUAGCGAACCAUUUCCGUGAACGGCACUUUCUUUGUGAAGAAGGGCGGUGUGCUACUGAACAGUUUAUUGGCGCAUUUCGCACUGAAAUUGAUUAUAAGGCUCACUACGCAAGUGCUCAUGGCAGAAAUUUGAAUAAACAGGAGUCCAAGAAAACACGCACAGUGCAAUUAGAAAUAACACUGGGUCGACCAGCACGUCCCGGCCUUGCUGAUGGUGGACUUACCAAUGUUCGUUCGCGUGUCCCCGAGGACAAUUUCCCCGAUGCUACACAGGCCUUUUCUUCUCAGGGCGCCCAUCAGCGCUCAAUAACUAUAGAUAGGAGUAAUGAGGAAGAUUUUCCUUUGUUGGGUGGAAGCAGUGGAGGACCCAGUGUGUCCUUGGUACCAGCACCGUUUGUACGCCUACGAGGUGCUACUUCCGGUCUAGCUCGUACGAAAGAAAACUUCCCAGCUUUAGGAGCCGGUGGUGGAGGAGAAAGUAGCACACAGUCACAUCAAUCUGCACCACCUAUAUCCACGGUAUUGCGUAAAGCACCUGCGGUAUCUACCGGCGCUGGUAGUCGUACUACAGGUAGCGGCGGAGGAAAUACGGACCCCAUGGUACUUCAUGUAUCCAAUAGACCAACGUCUAGUGGAGCACACAAUAGUGGCGCUGUUGCAAAGAAGUCCAAUACCUUAGACUUUCCAGCUUUACCUUCGUCGAGUAAAUCGAAAAAGAAUGCAUCCCGUACACCAAUCGAUGAAGAUAUGUUACCAUCAGGUGCGCAUAUACCGUUAUCAAAUGUGGCGGCCAAACAUCGCACACUAGUUGAUGACUAUGUGUCGGUAGCUAAUCCAAAUAGCUUUCGGAAGAUCCAAACUGUACAAAAAGAAGAGCUCGAAGCAAAAAAUCGCAAAGCUGCUGAGCAAGCGAACGCGCCAAAACUAACAUCACAGGACUUUCCCUCGCUGGGUGGUGGCACAGCUUCAAGAUCGGGACAAGCACUGCCUAAUAAUUGGGCAAAAGCGCCAAAGCAGUCAGAUAAAAAGCAACGCGAAUUGGAGAAUCGCAAAGCUAAAGUAGCACCAGCACCAGUGUUACCAAAAGAAAACCAGAAGCAAACAGCUAAUGCAACGAAUAAAAAACUAACAUCACCAGCUGUAAGCAAUAGUAUAGCAGUCGCAGCUGCUACGGUACAAAAUGCCUCAAAAAAAGAGAAAAAAUCUAAAGAUAAAAAGGAUAAAUCUGCCAUUGAAAAUAAAAACCAGCCGCAGACGUUGAAUGGAAAGGGAAAAGAUAAAAACAGCAAUGCAUCACCUAAACGUGGUAAUAGAUCCACAUCUCCGCCUUUAUCACUUGUCAAUGGCAGAGAGGAUUCUCUGCAAAUGCGACCGCCACCUGGAUUCGGCAAUCAGUCUGUAUGCGCGCAACCACCACCUGGUUUUCAAUCAACCGACGUAACAGUUAAUUCUAUAGCUAAAUCACCUAACAACUUAACAUUUACCAACUCCUUCGGAGAGCGAUAUAGCAUUGUGCGCACACAUCCAUAUAUACAACCAAUAGAUGCAGCCAUUCGCAAUCAGAAACUAGUUUCCCACUUUCAAGAUGCCUUAAAGUCGCCCGAAGCCAUGGAAGAAUUUCGACACAUAUCGCAAAAAUUCAGGGAAGGUGUCUACAAGACCCUGCCUUACUACGAGCAUUGUCAGGCUGCACUAAAGGAAAAAUUUGAUGACAUAUUCCCUGAGUUAUUAACGCUUUUACCAGACAUUAAUAAACAACAAGAAUUAUGUCUGGUGCACUCGCAAUACUUGAACAAACUUUCGCCUGACAAGAGGAAACAAGUUCAGAAAUUAGAUGUAUGCGCGUUAUGUAAACAAGUGUUGUUGCCCAGCGAUGCGGAAAGCCACCGAAAGCAGCAUGAAGUUAAAGAAAACUUUCCUAUGCUUGGUAAUGACAAUGGCAGCAGUCUCGCCAAGUCUGCUGCAGCUGCGAAUACAAAUCAACGUAAGUAGCUUAAACGUCGCUAAGUUAACAUAGUGGAAUAUAACAAAAUCAAAUGUGACACACAAUUUUAAGCUGCAAUCAACAAAAGUACGCCAAUAUGUGCAUUAUGAAUUUCCAUUAAAUUUGCUAUAUCACUUUAAAUAAUAAAACAACGAUACCAAACAUGCAUAACAGCACUCGGGGCUCCUAUUUAUGCGCUCUUUUUCGUGCAACAUUAAUCUCUUAAGCUAUCGACAGUGUGGUCCAAUGCAUGGCAUUCAACUGAAAAAUCAUCAGAAUGAUUGGAGAUAAAUCAUUGCACAAAAAAUAAUAGUUUUUGUGAUUAACUAAGUAUUGAAUUAUGUAGUUUAAAAUGCAUAGCGAAAAUACUAUGGUAAAGACAUGUAAUGUAAUUUAAAGCAAUAGCCCCUCUAAUUUUUAAUGUCUGUAGAAAUUUAAUUUGAUUAAAGCAAUUGCACUAUACUACAUACAUACAUGCAUGUACAUACGUAAAAUAGUUAAAAUGUAAAAAAAAAUAGCUCGAUAUAAUAAAAUGAGUGGAGAUUACUUAAGAACAA